CUCCCGCCCCGCCGUAGCGCGCCGCGCCCGCGGGCGGUGAUGGGAAGUGUAGGCGGAAGAGGGCGCAGAGAGCGGCGGGAGGGAGUUUUGAGGGUUCCCCGGGAUGGAGCCCCCCCCUCAGGAGCCAGUGCCCCAGCCCAGUGCCAUGGACGCCCUGCACGAGGCCGGGAUCCACGCCGCCGUGGCCCUGCAGGCUGGGCCGCCCUGGCUGGAGCAGUUCUGGCUGCUGCUGACCUCGCACCUGGACCCCAACUCCAUCUACACCGUGUGCUUCCCCCUGGCCCGCGGCCUGGACGAGCACGUGUCCCUCAUGGUCCUCUGGAUCGCCCUGGUGGCCGAGUGGCUCAACGUGGUCCUUAAGUGGUUCCUGUUCGGGGAGCGCCCGUACUGGUGGAUCUACGAGUCCGGGAUGGCUGAGCGGGAGCAGCUCCCCCUGCGCCAGUUCCCGGUCACCUGUGAGACGGGACCAGGGAGCCCCUCGGGGCACUGCAUGAUCCUGGGGGCGGCCCUGUGGCCGAUUGUCACCGCCCUGAGCAAGGCAGUGUCCAGGUACAGCCGGAGCCGGCUGCUGAGGCUGGUGCCGUUCCUGCUCUACCUCCUCCUGCUGGCGGCCAUGGGGCUCUCGCGGAUCUUCGUCCUGGCCCAUUUCCCGCACCAGGUGAUCUCCGGCUCCCUGGCAGGGAUGGCUCUGGGCUGGGGGCUGCAGCGCUGGCCCCCCAACUUCCUCAAGGUUCGCUUCUUCCUGCUGACGGCUCUGGGGCUGCUCCUGAGCGCGCUGGCCCUGCACGGGCUGGCCACAGCCGCGGGGCUGGACCUGGACUGGUUCCUCCGCCGGGCCAGCGCCCGCUGCUCGGAGCCCGCGUGGCUGCGGCCCGAGACGCGGCCCUGGGCCUCGCUGUGCCGGGUGAGCAGCAGCGCGCUGGGGCUGGCCCUGGCCGCCCGGCACCCCCUGAGCCGCCGCGCCGCCGAGGAGCUGCUGCUGCUGGAGCCGACCCUGGGCAGCGCCACGCUGGGGCUGCUGGCCCUGGACAUGCUGCACAAGCUGCCCAGGAGCGGCGACAGCGCCCUGUGGUACCUGAACGUGGGUGCUCGCUACGCGCUGGGGCCCGUGCUGGUGGGAACCCUGAUGCCCCAGCUCAUCCUCACCCUGCGGCGCUGCUCCGGGCGACCCCCUAGACCCCCCCCAGUGUCGGGGAGUGUGGGGGGGAUCUGCUCCCAGUUCAUGUCCCAGGGAGCCCCAGAUUGAGUAGGGGGUGUCUGCUCUGUUCCCUGUUCACUCUUACACUCCUAUCCCCCAGGGACCCCAAAUUGAGUAGGGGGUUUCUGCUCUGUUGCCAGUUCAUUCUCACACUCCUUUCACCCCAAGGACCCUGAAACUGAGUAGGGGGUCCCCACUCCUGUCCCAGUUCAUCCUCACCCUCCCUUUCCCCUCAGGGACCCCCAAAUUGAGUGGGGGGUCUGUGCUCUGUUCCCAGUUCACUCUCACACUCCUUCCCCCCAAAUUGAGUGGGGGGGUCUGUGCUCUGUUCCCAGCUCAUCCUCACCCUCCCUUUCCCCCAGGGACCCCCAAAUUGAGUGGGGGGUCUGUGCUCUGUCCCAGUUCACUCUCACUCCCCCCAGACCGAGCAGCUGUCCCGGUUCAUCCUCACCCCCCCUGCCCCGGGGACCCCCCCUCACCCCGGGCAGGGUCCCUGCUCCCCCCGGGGCAGAGCCGGGGGUGCCCCGUGCCCAGCGGGCUCUGGGGACACAGCUGGGGGACACGGAGCUGCCACCCCCUCCCCAGCUGUCCCCACCCCGGUGCGUGCGGGGCCGCCCCCAUUUGGAACCAAAUAAAGCAGCGAACCGAACCGGGCCCCGAGUGCUGCGGGGGGACACGGGCUGGGGGGGGGGGACA